GAGUGACGCAUUAUUAGUGACGCUCUGUGACUCGUGUAACACGUCGACUUACGUGACGCUGUCAUGUGACUCAUGGUGCCUAUCCUUCUCAUCAUCAUCGCCCAGGACUUAAUUACCACAUCAGGUCGAUUCGUGCUUCCUCAGCGUAACGUGUCCGAGUUGUCCGUCCAGGACGACAUCCCAGGCUCCUGCUCUACAUUCCAGCUAGGGGAUCAUACUAAGCAGGAGUUGUACUCGCCCAACUACCCUCACAACUACCCCAAUCACUCCGACUGUAUAAGGAUUCUCGAGGCUCCUUCAGGUCAUCUUCUAAAGCUGGACUUCCGUGACGAGUUCAACGUGGAGCCCAGUGAAGAGUGUAGGUUUGACUACCUGGAGGUGCGCGAUGGCGAGCAUGGCUACUCCCCGCUGAUUGGCAAAUACUGCGGACAUCAAUUCCCGCCAAUGGUGACGUCCACAACCCGCCAUCUCUGGCUCAGGUUCAGGUCGGACGAGAACAUUGAGUACUCGGGCUUCAGAGCAGUGUACACCUUCAUACCACGGCCUGCUGACGAAAAGGAGGUAGAGGUCCCUCCUUGCACAAUCACAAAGUCAGGGGUAGAAGGUUACGUGAACAGGUCAGAUAUCCCUCAAGAGCGUGUGCUCACCUCAGUACAAUACAACGUGCCUCUAGACUGUAUGUGGGUCAUCACAGUGGAACCGGGCUGGAAGAUCAGCCUGAUAUUUCUCAAGUUCGCACUGGAGCGGCCCAACGACUGCGAGAGCAACUUCAUGGACGUGUUUCCGGAGCGUACUGACCUUCCCUCCAGAUUACACAAUUUCUGUGGUUCGAUGGCGGAGUUGGUGUAUUCGCGCGGGAACGUUCUCCAUCUGAGGUUCAUGGCGGAGCCUCCAGCGAUCAACUCCUCCUUCGAGAUACUCUUCACUGCCUUUCGCGACCGGCCGAAGGAUGAAAAUUGCGCAGAAGGAGAGUAUGAUUGUGAGGAUGCAACCUGCAUAUCAGAAAGCCUGAGGUGCAACGGAAGAGCUAAUUGUCGUUUUCGAUGGGACGAAGACGAUUGUAAGAGUGAAGUAAAUGCUUUGGGAAGACUGUUACAAGAAGAACACAUGGUCAUCAUCCUCAUCAUAUUCUUCAUGAUUCUUACUGGAAUGUGUUCUGCUUUCAUUUACAACUGUGCCAGAAAACUCAUCAGAGACACACAGAUGUUGAAGGAACACAAAGAACAAGAGAAAGCGGGAAGAGAAGAAGAAAUGUGUCGCAAGAUGGCGGCCACCACGAUGUUGCCCAUCUCCACCAUCAUGGCGCACAGUGACAUCAGCUCUCACAGCAGUGCCUCCACUUCACCAGGCCGCCUGCAAGCGCAUGCGCACUCCACGCCAAACCUGCGCGCGCCGCCCUGCCACGUGCCUUCCACGGGCCAGCCUCUGGACGUGACAAAGCUGCAGCACGUCUCUCUAGAGCCAGAGUCCUUCCCACGUACUGAGACUUACGUUCCAGAGGUCACACACACCGAGGUGCAGACGAGAGAGUCGAAAUUGAGAGAGAUUUUCACAUCUGUUGACAGUCUAAUGCCUCCUCCUCCCCCUCCCCCUCCUAGAAUUCCCACUGUCUUCCUUGAGACUGAUCUUGACUUCCACCCGAACUUCCCGUUCCCUCGCACCGUGAUCGGUCACAGCCGGAGCGAUGAGCAUCUCCCAGAGAGGUGCGGCGAGCUCCCCUUGGUGAGACGGAUGGCUCCGGAUGUGAUAGCGGCUCACUGACGAAGGGGACAUGCCGAGUGGGAACCCUACAAGAGAAGAGUCCCGCGUCGGCAACUGCACCUGGUCCGUGGAGGGAGCUACACCAUAGAGCGCGCCACCCAGUGCACCAUGGACACUGAUAUCAGAUGAAGACAGCUGUUAUCGUCCAGACAGCCCUCCCUACUUCCUUCACUGGCAAAUAAGGAUCUUCUAGACGUAGGCCGAGACAACUUGUAGCAGGUCCAUCCUUUGCACAUUAGGUCUAUGCUAGGAGGAAUUGUACACAAUGUAAAUAUAGAGGUACCUAACUAACUAGAUAAAUGAACCAGUUAAAACAAUAACCAGCCUUA